AUGUGCCAAUCGGGCGUGAAAAGCGCGUUUUAUCGGGGUUUGCGACGAUGCGUGAAGUUUUCUGACAUUUUUUGGCCCGAAAUUGCAGCGAUUAGUGAUGAUGAGAGCUCCGACGUCGAUGCUCACCUGCCGGUCGCAAGCUGGCGCGACGACGACGACGGCGAUGCCCGCCCAGCGCGACGCGCCGCGUCUGCAGCCAAGACUGAGUCGGUCGAUAUAGACGAUGAGGAAGAUGAGGACGAGGAAGUAGCAAAGCCGGCCGCUGCCGAGAACGGCGACGAAGAAGACGAGGAUGACGAGGAUGGUGAAGAAGAUGUGUUCAUCGUCGAAGCGAUAAAAAAGCACAUGAUUGACGAAGACGGGUCGCUGAAGUUCCACGUCAAGUGGGAGGGCUACGACAAGAAGGCAGACAUGACGUGGGAGCCCGAAGACAAUCUCGAGGAAUCGGCCAAUGAGGUGCUCGAAGAAUACUUCAAAAAGAUUGGCGGCCGUGACAGCAUCUUUCAGCAGACGGCCACCGCCGUGUCGGGCAAGAAGCGCGGACGCAAAGCUUCCGCCGCGGCGGGUGGCGCCACGGCCGACCCGACGCCGACCAAGCGAUCACGCAAGAGCAACGGGACGCACCCUGCGGCCGGGGCGCCACCGGCAACGGCUAAGCCGUGGAGCGCGCCGGCCGGCUCGUGGGAGGACGAGAUUGAGUCGAUUGACGCGUGCCACGACGAGGGGUCGGGGAACCUGAUGGUGUAUCUGGUAUGGAAGAAUGGCAAGAAGACAAAGCACACGACAACGGUGAUUUAUGCCAAGUGCCCGCAAAAGAUGCUCCAAUUCUAUGAGCGGCACAUUAAGGUUGUCAAGCCCGACGAGGAGUCCUGA